UAGAGUGUGGAUUAAGGACGCUCGUCAAUGGCGACGAUCGCUAUGGAUUCUUCUUCUUCGUCUUUGCUGUAUCCUCCACCCGAGGUCCCGAAAAAGCUUCACGAUGAAAAUAGACAAAAACUGUUGAAACACCUCCGAGAAAACCUAGAUUCAUCCUCUCGUCCUUUACACGGAUUCGUACUUCUUCAGGGAGGAGAGGAGCAAACUCGUUACUGCACCGAUCAUGAAGAUCUUUUUAGACAGGAAAGUUAUUUUGCAUAUCUCUUUGGAGUGCGGGAACCUGGUUUUUAUGGAGCUAUUGAUGUAAAUACAGGGAAUUCAAUCCUUUUUGCUCCAAGAUUGCCCUCUGAGUAUGCUGUUUGGAUGGGUGAAAUAAAGCCAUUAUCCCAUUUCAAAGAAGUAUACACAGUUAGCAUGGUCCAUUAUACUGAUGAGAUUACAGAAGUCCUUAAUAACCAAUAUCAUGGAUCUGGAAAACCCUUGUUGUUUCUUCUACAUGGGUUGAAUACAGAUAGCAAAAACUUCUCUAAACCAGCAUCAUUUGAGGGGAUUGAGAAAUUUGAGACAGAUGUUAAGACCUUGCACCCUAUUUUGACUGAAUGCCGUGUUUUGAAGUCAAAAUUGGAGCUUUCUGUGAUUCAAUAUGCCAAUGAUAUAAGUUCUGAAGCUCACAUUGAGGUGAUGAGGAAAACAAAACCAGAAAUGAAGGAGUAUCAGAUGGAAAGCUUAUUUCUUCACCACACAUACUACUAUGGUAGCUGUAGGCAUUGUUCCUAUACUUGUAUUUGUGCAACUGGUGAUAACAGUUCUGUUCUUCAUUAUGGGCAUGCAGCAGCUCCAAAUGACAAGACAUUGCACGAUGGAGAUAUGGCAUUAUUGGAUAUGGGAGCUGAAUUCCAUUUUUAUGCUUCUGACAUAACUUGCUCCUUUCCAGUGAAUGGGAAAUUUACAAGUAAUCAACUUCUUAUUUAUAACGCUGUUCUUGAUGCUCAUGAUGAUGUUAUAUCUACCAUGAAGCCGGGAGUAAACUGGGUAGAUAUGCACAAAUUGGCAGAGAAAACUAUUCUUGAGUCACUGAAGAAAGGAUCCCUCCUUGUUGGUGAUGUUGAUGAAAUGAUGGUUGAAAGAUUGGGUUCUGUUUUCAUGCCACAUGGGCUGGGACACCUCAUGGGACUUGAUACACACGAUCCUGGUGGCUAUUUAAAGGGAGCUGAAAGACCCAAAGAAGCAGGACUAAGGUCCCUACGCACAAGCAGAGAUCUUUUGGAGGGAAUGGUGAUAACAGUUGAACCUGGAUGCUAUUUCAUUGAUGCAUUGGUGAUUCCAGCUAUGGAUUCCUCAAAAACAUCAAAGUUCUUUAAUCGUGAAGCAAUCACUAAGUUUAGAGGAUUUGGUGGAGUUCGUAUCGAGAGUGAUCUGUAUGUUACCUCGGAUGGUUGUGUGAACAUGACAAAAGUUCCUAGAAAAAUCGAGGAUAUAGAAGCUGUGAUGGCUGGUGCACCAUGGCCUGUCAAAAAAUCGGUAUUUGAAAAUGGAGGAUCUUAGAUUUAGAUUAGAUAAUAUAAUAAACUAGUUAUAACAUAUAUGUUACUAAAAUUUAAAAAUGAUCUUCAAACUAUGUUUUUUAAAACUAAAAUUGUUUGAUAUGUCCUUUAGUGGGUCUGAUAUGAGGUA